AGUUAUCACACGCUCGGCUUAAAUUUGACAGCGUAUGCGAAAAUAAUGUGGGGCGCAAACUGAAGUAAAAUAAUACACAUAUAUUCCGUCUGCAAUUAAAGUAAUCAACCUGCAGCAGGUUAGAUACCUAGUACCUAAUAACAGUUGGUAUACGUCCACGAUGAGGUAAAGAAAAAAUUAAAAAAUAAGAUCGUAGAAAAAAACACCAUUACUAUUAGUGGUUAUGGCCAUUUUAGUCUGUUUAAUCUCAUAUUAUGGACCGAGGCGUUCAUAUCUGUCACAAACUGGAAAUACACAUACCUGUUUACUGGGAUCGCGCAAAACUGUCGCAAACAUCAUCACCCAUUAUCGGGGGCAUAAUGUGCGCGCGUGUAAUAUUUCUGUAUAAAAGCGUCGCGUGACCACGGUUUGUCAUAUUCACUCGUCAACCGUCGUCGCAAAUAAUAAGUGAUCAGAGUUAUCUGUUCGUGCAGUUUAUAUCGCAGCCAGUCAUUUUUACGCAGAGUCCAGUGCAACCAGAGAAAUCAACAAUGUUCGCCAAAGUAGCAGUUUGCUUCGCUUGCGUCGCCGUAUUCGCCGCACAGGCCCAAUACUACCAGGCCGCUUACCCUUCCGCCGCCGUGGUUCACGCCGCCCCGGUCGCUUACCCCGCUUACCCGGCGGCCGCCUACCACCCGGUCAACCCGAACCCGGCUUACGCGUACAAAUACGGCGUAUCCGACCCGGCCACCGGUGACUACAAGACCGCCGAAGAGAGCCUGUCCAACGGCGUUGUCCAAGGACAGUACAGUCUGGCCGAACCCGACGGCACAGUCAGAACCGUGUCGUACACCGCCGACGACGUCCACGGUUUCGUAGCCCAGGUCACCAAGGGGGCCAAAGUAAUCGCACCCGCCGCCCCGGUGUACUCGGCCCCUGCUGCGGUGUACUCUGCCCCAGCCCCGGUGUACUCCGCCCCGGCUCCGGUUUACGCGGCGGCGCCCGCCCCGGUGUACGCGCCCGCCGUCCACACCCCGGCGUACGCUCCAGCCGUUUCAUACCCGUUCCCGUACAAACGCCAAGCGUAAAUGAACGCGACCACGACAUCGCUUUAAAAAUUCAUCAUCGUCACUUUGCGUGUAUCGCAUCAUCGUCAUCGUCAUCAUUAUUAUUAUUAUUAAUAUAACUAUCAUCAUCGUAGCGUGCAAUGCUGCUGCGAGGAAGACCUCCUCGCACCGCUCCUUCUUCGUAUAUUGUCUUGUCUGUAAUUCGUUUUAUCUUUUUAUUUUUGUGUAAUAUUUAGUUUCCUACUUGUAAUAUUAAUGUAUAAUGUAUUAUUGUUAUAACCACGUUGGAAAAAUGCGAUAAUAAUGAAUAAUAU